CAGGGAGGAGGUUGCCUACGUGACCUGUACCUACAGGGAAACAUGCAUCGACCAACCUGACUUCCUGGCCACCGUGGAUCUCAACCCCAGGUCUCCGUGCUAUGGCCAGGUGAUCCACCGCCUGCCCAUGCCCAACCUCAAAGACGAGCUGCAUGCCUCGGGGUGGAGCACUGGCUGCACCUGCCUUGACAAUAUCACAACGAAAAGGACCAAGCUGAUUCUUCCCUGUUUGAUUUCCUCCCGCAUUUACGUGGUGGAUGUGGGUUCACAGUGCCGGGCUCCCAAGCUGUGUAAGAUGAUUGAGCCGGUGGAUGUCUUCUGGAAGUGCAACAAGGGGUACCUCAAUGUACCUCGCAGCCUGCCUUGCGGUGAUAUUCUGAUCGCCAACGUGGGAGAUCCUUCUGGCAAUGCGAAAGGUGGAUUUGUUGUGCUGGACGGCGAGAGCUUUGAGCUGAAGGGGAACUGGGAAAACGAGUGCGAGACCCCCCCGAGCGGAUACGACUUCUGGUUCCAGCCGCGCCACAAUGUUCUGGUCAGCUCUGCCGGGUUCGUCAUGAAGCGUGCGGGGUAUGGAUUUGAUCCCAACGACUUGAAGAAAGGGGUCUUUGGGCGCCGCCUGAACGUGUGGAACUUGUCCUGCCGCACCCUCACCCAGUGCUUUGACCUGGGCGAGGACUCUCUGCCCCUGUGCGUUAGAUUCCUCCACAACCCCGACGCUGCCGAGGGAUACGUCAGCUGUGCCCUGAGCGGCGUCAUCUACCGCUUCUACAAGUGCGAGAGAGACAACUGGGCAGUACAGGAGGUGAUUCGGAUUCCGCCCAAGGAAGUGACGGGAUGGAUUAUGUGCAAGAUGCCAGCCUUCACGGUCGACCUCGUCAUCUCAAUGGACGACAAGUACCUGUACGUCAGCAACUGGCUGCACGGAGACAUCCGCCAGUAUGAGCUCUCCAAAACCUGCAAGCCCAGGCUGGUGGGCCAGGUGUUUGUGGGAGGCAGCAUCCUCAGAGGCGGACCCGUGGCCGUGUGUAGAGACGAAGAGCUCAAGUGCCAGCCGGAGCCCUUGGUGAUCAAGUGCAAGAGGGUGUACGGCGGCCCUUGUAAGAUGCAGCUCAGCCUGGAUGGCAAGAGGCUCUACGUCACCAACUCCUUCUACAGCACGUGGGACAAGCAGUUCUACCCGAACAUGGUCACGGAAGGCUCUGUCAUGCUGCAGAUUGAUGUGGACACUGAGAAAGGAGGCCUGACCGUGAACAAGAACUUCCUGGUGGAUUUUGGAAAGGAACCCAAUGGGCCUUGCCUCGCCCACGAGAUCCACUUCCCUUGUGGGGAUUCCACCUCCGACAUCUUGGCCUAGGCGCCGCCUGAAAGACCCCCUUCUUCUCCCUCUUCUGUAGUGCAGCCGCUAAGCGAAAGUGUGGGGUAAUUGGGCUUGGGGGUGCCCAUUCCUUGCUGGAGUCUAGAUUUCCGCUAACCCGAGCUACGGAAGCUCUGCCUUGUCGCGGGGGUUUGGUUCAGGCAGACCAGUGAGCGGCGGCACAGGGCACGGGCCGCGUCUUGCCAGGCCGUGCGCCUGAGCCGUCGGUCCAGGCACCCUUUGUUUUCAGUGCAAAGCAAUCCCUGGGCACGGUUCGGAGAGCGGAGCCCAGCAGUCGCUCGCCCAUAGAGAUGUGCGGUACCACCGUGCCUUUUGGCAGGGGUCUGCAUACGCGCCGUGCCUCGCCUCGUUGCCGCAGGCCUGUCGGGCACCUGCCUCGACGUCCCCGGCCCGUUAGCUCUUGCUGCCCGGUGCCGGGGCCGGCAGCAGGGCGCCGAGCUCUCCGGCGUGGUUCGGAGCCUGUUCGCCCUUGAAAGCUAAGGCAAAAGCAAGCAAAGUGCCCACUUCGUCUGAGCUCCGUUCUUCAGCCAGGCCAUUCCUGGACAGUCUUCCCCUGGCACGAGAGCCCUCUUGGCUCCCUGGCCUCGUGCUCGGGCCGGUACGCGCCACAGCUGAAGGAGUACCAAGUGCUUUAUGCUGAAAGGAGGUGCCUGUUCCUGACACUGGUUUGCUCUUAUGUUCUGCUUUAAACAUGAAUAAAAUUGCUCAUAGCAUCA